AACAGAACAGUUGCAUCUUUCACUUCAAACACAACUACUUAUUUUUAUUCACUUACUCAUUCAUUCAUUCAUCCAUUCCAAUUCUCUCUUCUCGCUUCUCUCUCUGCUGUGAUCAUUGGAGUGUGUGUUUGUUGAUCAAAGAAUGCAGUCAAGUCCUAUGCUUCUCGAAGAACCUAUCCGGAUGGCAUCCAUACUUGAGCCAUCUAAGCCUAGUUUUUUUCCAGCUAUGACUAAGAUUGUUGGCACACUCGGUCCAAAGUCUCGUUCAAUCGACACAAUUUCGCGUUGCCUUGAUGCAGGAAUGUCUGUUGCAAGGUUUGAUUUCUCGUGGGGAGAUCCAGAAUACCACCAAGAGACAUUGGAAAACUUGAGGGCUGCUAUCAAAACUACCAAGAAACUCUGUGCAGUUAUGCUAGAUACCGUCGGUCCAGAAGUACAAGUUGUGAAUAGAACCGAUCGACCAAUUUCCCUCGAAGCAGAUACAUUAGUUGUAUUAACUCCGGAUCAAAGCAAAGAAGCUACGCCGAAUCUCUUGCCAGUAAAUUUUAGUGAACUAUCAAAGGCUGUGAAGAAGGGUGAUACUAUUUUUAUUGGAAAAUACUUGUUUACUGGAAGUGAAACAACUUCUGUAUGGCUGGAGGUCAGCGAGGUGAAUGGCGAAGAUGUCACUUGUCUUAUAAAAAAUUCGGCUACACUUUCUGGGUCACUAUAUACAUUACAUGUAUCUCAGAUUCGUAUCAAUCUUCCCACUCUUACUGAUAAGGAUAAGGAGGUAAUUAGCACAUGGGGUGUUAGAAACAAUAUCGAUUUCCUUUCACUGUAUGCUCGGCAUGUAGAAGAUGUUCGCCAUGCCCGCGAGUUUUUGUCUAAAUUAGGUGACCUCAAGCAGACACAGGUUUAUGCAAAGAUUGAAAAUAUAGAGGGAUUGAACCAUUUUGAUGAGAUACUGAGAGAAGCAGAUGGUGUCAUCCUUUCGCGUGGAAAUCUAGGGAUCGAUCUCCCACCUGAGAAGGUGUUUUUAUUUCAAAAAGCUGCUAUUUACAAGUGUAACAUGGCUGGAAAGCCAGUUGUUGUUACACGUGUUGUCGACACUAUGACCGAUAACCUAAGACCUACUCGUGCUGAAGCAACUGAUGUUGCCAAUGCAGUGUUGGAUGGCAGUGAUGCUAUUCUCCUUGGGGCGGAGACGUUGCGGGGACUAUACCCUGUAGAGACCAUUUCUAUUGUUGGGAAAAUUUGUGCCGAGGCAGAGAAAGUUUAUAAUCAAGAUUUGUAUUUCAAGAAGACUGUCAAACAUGUUGGAGAACCGAUGAGCCACUUGGAAUCAAUUGCUUCAUCUGCAGUACGAGCAGCCAUCAAGGUUAGGGCCUCCGUUAUUAUUUGCUUCACAUCAUCUGGAAGAGCUGCAAGGUUGAUUGCUAAGUAUAGGCCUACUAUGCCUGUGAUAUCUGUUGUUAUUCCUCAGCUGAAAACCGAUCAACUCCGUUGGACGUUCACGGGCGCUUUCGAGGCAAGGCAAUCACUCAUUAUCAGAGGCCUUUUCCCUAUGCUGGCCGAUCCUCAACAUCCGGCUGAAUCUAAAAGUGGAGCAAAUGAAUCAAUUUUAAAGGUUGCUUUAGACCAUGGCAAGGCUUUCGGCAUUAUAAAGCCACAUGACCGAGUUGUUGUUUGCCAGAAGGUUGGUGAUUCAUCAGUUGUGAAAAUUAUUGAGCUUGAAGAUUAAUCAGAUCUGAGAUCUCUGUAGCCUCCCUUCUAUCAAUUUUCUAUGUUUAAUUACUAACAAAAGAAAUACACACAAGUGGUACAUGUUCAUGUUAAUGAAUGUGGCCACACUCAUUUUGUUGGAUUGGACAUGUUAUGUUAUUCAACCCCACUAGUUAAUCGUUGACUUAGAGUGGUUGUGCUGCUGCUCCUCCUUUGUUAUAUUGUGUGUUUCCUCCUCCUCUGAACAAUGGGAGAGAAAGUAGAGACUUUGUUGUAUUGUUGUUUUUUCCAGACAAAAGCAAUUUCUAACUAUAUUGCUAGUUUA